AUGCCAACCAUAUCCUCCGUCCCUUUCAACCAAGGCUCUCCUCCUCCUUCCUCACACCUUCAUUACCCUCAGCCUUCCCGAUCUUCUGCCGUACCUAUUCCGGUUCCCUCCUCCCCGGAUCACAAUCGCACUUCCUCCUUUACUUCUGCUGCUUCUGCUGCUGCUCUUCAGAACUCCGCGCCCGCCGCAGUUCCCGCCCAUUCCCAUUCCGCCACCACAACCACCAGCACAACUUCCUCCGCCGCUGCCUCGUCUUCCGUCACCAACCCCUUCUCAACAGGUUUCACUGGCUCGGUAAUCGGAUCAAUUUCUCGUCGCAAUCGUCGCUCAUUUGCUGCGUUGGCUCGAGAGAAGACUUCCAGUGCUCUCGCCAAUUUAUCUGCCAUCGGAAGCCCCAACUAUCCGCUUAGGCCUUCUGCAUCUUCUGGAAGUCUUUCCAAGCACUCGCGCAAGGCUUCGCAGGUCAGCAUCAGUGAACUGCCUGGUGCUACACCGUUGACCCCGCCAUUGUCGGAUAGCAGUGCUAGCAGCGAACAAUCCAGCCCUGCGCCCAUUGAUUCCGUCACCAACCGCGUUUUCCCCGCUGUGACUGAUCAGGCGACGACUUCCGUCGAUAGACGACGUCACACUAUCCAGCGUAUCCCUUCCCCCCUCCAGCAAUUACCGGAGAUUGAAACUCCCGAACCUCCCGCCAAAAUGCAUCAGACAUCUUCGAGACUGUUGCGUAUGACGGAGGAUGAUCGUCCGUUCACCAAGGAUUUCAUGGACUUGUUCUCGACCCUGAUGGUCAGUUUGAAGUUGGAUUCGCAUCGUGUACGAUUCACCAAAUAUGAUCACUCGUUUACUUCAGAAGAGGCCAUCAACAACCUGGGAUCGCUCAAAUUUUCCCAAUCCAACCGCAUGCCAGACCCCAAGGACCCCUCCCGUAUCGUCACUACCACCACAACCACCACAUUCUCCAUGGCAAAGGAAAUGGCUCGCUCAGUAUGUCAGCGCUUCGUGGACGCUCGCUUCAUUGAGUCCGUAGACGGAAAGGCAUCGCAGUUGUUCCCUCUCAAGGGCGCAUUGUACCAGCUCACACCCAAGGGCAUCAACAUUCUCCAGAGAUUCUGUCAGCGCAAUGGUAUCACUGCGCGCCAUGUGAUCGAUGUUCUGGAAUCGCCGCGCAACACAAUGCAACUUGUCAACCUGGAGCGCGAUUCCGAGACCGACAAGCUGUCCCACGAUCGAGCGACCAUCGAAGUGAUUUUCCGCCGGUUCGCUGGGCAGGAUGGCCCUAAUGUCAAGAGCAGCAUUUCGACCUCCGAUUCCGAUUCAUUGAGUGACUAUUCGAACGGAUUGGUGGGCGUGAAGAUGGCCAAGGAGCGCAAGAUCAAGGACAAGAUUGUUUCCAACACUUUUACAGGAAAGGCGGCGGUCGACUGGUUGAUGGAUUGUUCGACGACAAUUGAGCGUCGGGAAACCGUCCUCAUUGCCGAGCUUUUCGUCAAGUACGGUUUAAUCAUGAUGCUGCAAGAAGACCAGUUCAUCACUCUGCCCGACGACUCGAUAGCCACUUUUCAACCUUCCAAGAAUGCCAUCUAUGGAAUCACCGAACGGGGUCAGAGGGUAUGUGGCUGGAUUGCACGGGACAAGGCUCGUGACACUUCGAUGUACGACAGUCGGGGUAUCCCACGAGACUCGAACAACGCCCGGUUGAACCACAUUCUACACGAUCCAGCUCUACGACUCCUUUUCCGCGAAUUCCUGCGCUUUUCACUCUGCGAAGAAAACCUGUCUUUCUACCUCGACGUGUCCGAGUUUACGUCGGCUUACCACAAGGCGGAGAAGGUCGGCACAUUCCGGAGGCCGGACUCGGUACGGGAGACUUUGGCUGCGGCAUACGGUCUGUACAACGCGUUCUUGGCCCCUGGCUCGCCCUGUGAGCUGAACAUUGAUCACGCCCUGCGCAACAGCCUUGCCAGCCGCAUGACCAAGGCUGUGGGUGACGACGAGUCCAUGCUCAAGAGUCUUCAAGAGGUGGUACAUUUGUUCGAAAUGGCUCAAACGUCGGUUUUCAAGUUGAUGUCAAGUGACUCGGUUCCCAAGUUCCUUCGCGAUCCCAAGUGUGCUAGUAUCCUUCAGGAGCACGAUGUGGACUUGAUUGGUGCCCCGCGGUCUUACUCUCCAACUCCGGCUCCGGUACCGGAGCGUUCGGCAAGCCGCUCGGCGCGCCCAUGA